UCGGCGUCGCGGCGGGAAGCCGGAAGUCAUGGAGGUAGCGUCCGGGUAGCGGCAUUCCCAGAGCGCACCUGAGUUCGUCCAUCAGGCUGCGACGCGGGAGGCACCGUCUUGAGUGCAGCCGGUGUCGCGGCGGAGGAGGGCGGGUCGUGUCCGCCCGAGUGGGCGCCUGCUGGACCUCACUUCCGCUCUCGUGCUCCCUGGUGUCGCCGACCCCGCGUUCGGUGGCUCAGGUCCUGGCUGAAGUCUGCGAGGACGUGCCGUGGGGACCGAGCCUGCGCCCUGCGCGCGAGGGGAAGCUCUGCAGCCGCCACCGCGAAGCCCAGGAGCUGUUCCCAGGACCGCGGGCGGGCACGCGCAGCGCGCCGUGGCUUUUAGGCUUGGUUCUGACUGGCCUUCGCCCCUAAAGGAAGUGUCCUCUAGGUGGUUCCUUGGCGAUGUGGGAAGCCUUCUCGGGUGAAGCUGGUCCUGCAGGUGUUGGAAAGAUUGCAGACUGGGAUCAGCUGCUGCAGCGGGAGGCACUGCAACCGCAGGGCAGUGCUCAAAGGAGUGGAAAUUUCCCAGAAAGGCGCAGGAAGUUGCCAGGCUGCAGGCAGGAGAAAUAUUAGUUGGGGAGCCGAUUGCCACCUGUCUUUCUCCUUCAGUGUAUGACAUGAUCUGUAAACUUGGGUUUGAAGUCAGAGAAAGUUGCGACAUCAGCAGUAUUGUAACUCAAAACGGUGAAGUAUGCUGGAAGAAAAUUACAGACUGCGUGGUUUAUACAGAAUCAGCCCAGGGUCUGGACCACCGGGAAAGCGUGCGGCUGCUGGGCCCUUUGUGCCAGGCUGUCCACCUGCAUCUGUCGUCUCUGCCCGAGGGGCAGUUUGAAAUGCGAUACGCACCGGCGCUCCAGUGGACAGGUGUUCCAGAGUUAUUUCCUGAAAUACUUGGCGCCUUGAGGAGUCCUGAAUCUCCCAGUGUUUCCCUCAGCCUCAUGAAGCUCUCGUCGUGUCUGGAGCGAGCCCUGGGUGAUGUAUAUUUACUGAUUGGGAAGGACUGCCCCUUUCUUUUAAGAGAUCUGCUCGCAUCUGAGGAACUUGCUCAAGUCUUUGGGCAGCCUGUGAUGGACGUGCUCAAGGUCUUCGUGGGCUCUCCGCGCGGGCUCAACCUCCGCAACGUCCUGUGGCACGGCUUCGCGGCCCCUCAGGAGGUUCCGCCCAAGUGUCUGCUGUUUCCCGCUAGAUACUGCUCGAUGAUGGUGCUGUUAGCAGCAGGCCUGGGCCAGCUCCUGGCCGGCUUCCUUCAGCAGACGGGCUUCACGUUGGCCCGCCGACCUUUCGUGACUCUUAGGAGCCUAGAGGAUUUGAUCGUUUUUCCUGAUGUUACAUCUGAGGUGCUUUCAGUAUUAGAAGAAGUGAUGAAGAAGUCCACGUUUAUACUGAAAAUCAUGUUGCCAUAUUGGGAAGUUGCAUUAACCAAGUUAAAGUCUCACAGGUUUGCUGACUGUGCCAUAUUGUUGUUGAUGCAGCUGGAGACUGGACUUAGGAGGGUGUUUGCUGAAGUUAACGAAUGUCCAAAGAGACUUCUCACUGCUGAGUCAACAGCUCUUUAUACUACCUUCGAUGAAAUAUUGGCAAAACACUUGAAUGAUGGUAAAAUCAACCAACUUCCUCUUUUCCUGGGAGAGCCUGCAAUGGAAUUUCUCUGGGAUUUCCUAAACCAUCAGGAGGGUCCCCGUCUAAGAGAUCGGUUAAGCCAUGGGGAAGUCAGUUUACCUGAAUUUCCGAAAGAAGCAGCCAGUCAGCUGCUUGCGUUUUGCUUUGUCCUUUUACUCAGAUUUAUUGAUGAAGAUCUGUUAGCAGUGUUUAAGGAAAAAGCAGUGGUGAGGUCACUGAUUCACCUUGCAGGAACCUACGUUUCUCGCUGCCACCCAGCUUCUCAGCUUAAAAAACAGGUGCUGAGCUGUGAGGGGAGCAUUGGAGCUUGGCCUCUGCUGCCUUUGCCCGAAGAAGCUGAAAGGGAGCCUGUGCGAUCAGAAGGUGAUUCUGAAACAGAUGCCUGCAGCUCUUUAAUCACAGAAAUCGUGGCUGAGCUGUGUUGCCAUGUGCCUGAGACACACCGCGCUGCCGACCUCCCAGGGCCCCUUCCUCCUGAGGAGUGGCCCCGGCUGCUCCACGUGCUCUGCAGCAUCCCCGUGCGGACCCUCUUCUGCCCCCGAGCUGUCCUGGAGGUGCUGGCUGUGCUCCGGAGGGUCAGCGCCCACUGCCGCCGCGUCUGUGGCCAGGUAGCCGUGUGCGUGGAGCUGAGGCGCCGGCAAUGGGAGGACCGAAGCCUGCGCUCGCGGCAGAGGCGGAACUACCUGCGUCUGGUGCGCAGUAUGAAGCUUCUGUCUCCGAUGCUUUACCUGAUUUUAUUGCUGAUUGCGCUGGAAUUGAUCAACAUUCACAUGGUUCUUGGGAAGAAUGCUUCAGAAUACCAGCAGUACCUGAGGUUCUUAAAGUGCGUCUUGCAGUACACAGAGAACCUUGCAGCUUGCACCAGGCAAGACAGGAACAAGUGGGACGACGCUGUCCGUCUCACACGCACAGCUUUGUUGAAGAUUUGGACUUUUAUUGAGAAGAAACAGAUGUUAAUGCAUUUAGCCAAGAAAUCCACCAGUAAAGUCGUCUGAUAAGUCA